CGUUUAUACUUUUUUAUAUCAGCAUGCAAAGUUUGCAUCCACUCUGACUCUCUUUCUCUCUCCAAAUCCAAAAUCUCUGUGAAUCUGUGACACUAGUUUUUUCCGUGUCUUCUAGUUUGACCUUAUUUUCGCCAUGAGAAUUGCUACUCCUUCUUCUUCCUCGUCUUCCUCAGGUUGUUCUCAUUUCUGGUCGUCGGCGCGCCGAUCGAAGCGCCUCGCGACGCCGGAGGAGAAGGCCUACCGCGACAGCACCGACCUCGGCCUCUCCCGCCGCCUCGGCGUCAUCGACCUCGUACUCCUUGGAAUUGGCGCAUCCAUCGGCGCCGGCAUCUUCGUCGUCACCGGCACCGUCGCCCGCGACGCCGGACCCGGAGUGACAAUAAGUUUUAUACUUGCGGGAGCAUCGUGUGUUAUAAAUGCACUCUGUUAUGCUGAACUAGCUUCUCGUUUUCCCGCUGUUGUGGGAGGAGCUUAUCUAUAUACAUACACAGCUUUUAAUGAACUUACGGCUUUUCUUGUUUUUGCACAAUUAAUGCUUGACUAUCACAUUGGAGCAGCGAGUAUUGCCAGAAGCCUAGCAAGUUAUCUGAUAAAUAUUCUAGAACUCUUUCCUGUUUUCAAAGAUAACAUUCCAAAUUGGAUUGGACAUGGUGAAAGCAUUGGAGAUGUGUUAUCCAUCAAUAUCUUGGCUCCUAUUCUGCUAAUACUUCUCACUUUAGUUCUAUGUCUAGGUGUUCAUGAAUCGUCAAUUGUGAAUUGUAUUAUGACAGUGACCAAGGUAAUCAUUGUUAUCAUUGUCAUUUUUGCUGGAGCAUUUGAGGUCGAUGUUUCCAACUGGUCUCCCUUUGCUCCAAAUGGUUUAAAAUCUAUAUUUACAGGAGCUACAGUAGUCUUCUUUGCAUAUGUUGGUUUUGAUGCAGUUGCCAAUUCUGCCGAAGAAUCUAAGAGGCCUCAGCGGGAUUUGCCAAUUGGCAUAAUAGGAAGCCUCUUAGUAUGUAUUGCAUUGUACAUUGGAGUAUGCUUGGUUAUUACUGGAAUGGUUCCAUACAAUCUUCUAGGAGAAGAUGCUCCUCUGGCUGAAGCUUUUACAUCUAAGGGAUUAAAAUUUGUUUCUGUUCUGAUUAGCAUUGGUGCUGUUGCCGGACUUACAACAACACUCCUUGUUGGUCUCUAUGUUCAGUCUCGGUUAUAUCUCGGGCUUGCCAGGGAUGGCUUACUACCCUCGAUAUUUGCAAAGGUUCACUCCAUACGCCACACCCCUAUUCAUUCUCAGAUCUGGGUUGGCUUGGUUGCCAGUAUUUUGGGUGGGCUGUUGGAUGUGCGUGUGCUCUCUCACAUUCUUUCCGUUGGUACACUGACUGGAUAUUCAGUUGUCUCAGCAUGUGUUAUUGUACUUCGCUGGAAGGAUAAGAAAGGUAGUCAAGUGUCGUCUUCUGCUGAGCGGGAAGGUGUAAUUUGCCUCAUUGUCGUUGCUCUUUUUGGAUUUGCUACUGGGCUCUUGUACCGUUAUGAUGCUUCAUUUAUUUUUCUGAUUCUCACCAUAGUUAUCGCAGCCGGUGCUUCUGCUGCUCUUGUUUUCCGCCAGAACACAUUAUGUGUCAAAUACACCAAACGGAAAGGCAAUCUGAAGGUUUACGCAGAUGCACCGGGGUUUUCCUGCCCAGGGGUUCCCAUUCUGCCAAAUAUCUGCAUAUUUUUCAACAUGUUCUUAUUUGGCCAGUUGCACGAAGAGGCAUGGGUGAGAUUUGUCGUUCUUUGUAUUGUCAUGAUUGGUGUUUAUGCAAUAUAUGGCCAGUAUCAUGCGAACCCCAGUGCAGAAGAUAAUAUCUAUAUCGAGGCACCUGUGGAAGAAGAUCCAUGAGUUAUCUGUUCAAUAUUAUACAAUUUCUUGCCACUUUUGGCCUACCAGGGCGUCGUUAAAAUGUAUGUUGUAGUAAAUCAGCAUUUGUAGCUUCUGUUAGAAAUGUCCAUUUUGUAUGAGUAACUACUGUCUGUCCAUAUCUGUUGAAUAUGAUACGGUCAGGUAGCAUGUAUGAUGAUGUAUCUCUUCUCUACUACUUCAUAAAAAAAGAAAAAUCAUCGUGUAUCUAUCUUGUUCUAAUUUCAAAUUGAAACGUUCCCAGGGUGAGGGUGUUUCCCUCUGAACCCAUCGAAACUCA